CCUCUCUUCACUUCUCUCCUUCCAGUAUUAGAGGUUCGGUUGCCUUAUUACUUCCUUUUUUUUCGUUCCCGCUGUAUUCACCCAUUGUUUUUCGAGCAGCGUGUGUUCCUCCGUCUCUUUUUUGCGACUUCGGCUGGAGUCUUGAAUCUCGCAUUUCGACACAUAAUUCGCCAUGGCGCGUCCCUCUUCAGGCCGCGGUGUGGCCAAGCCGUUCGCGACUUGGACCACUAUCUUCUACCUUCUCCUUGUCUUCAUCGCGCCUCUCGCGUUCUUUGGAUCCGCCCACGCCCAGGAAGAUGAUUCAGUGCAGGAAAACUAUGGAACGGUUAUUGGUAUUGAUUUGGGAACAACUUACUCUUGUGUUGGUGUGAUGCAGAACGGAAAAGUCGAAAUUCUCGUCAACGACCAAGGAAACCGAAUCACUCCUUCCUACGUCGCCUUUACAGAUGAGGAGCGUCUGGUCGGUGAUGCUGCGAAGAACCAAUACGCCGCCAAUCCCAAGAGGACAAUCUUUGAUAUCAAGCGUCUUAUUGGUCGCAAGUACGACGAGGCCGAUGUUCAGCGUGAUAUCAAGAACUAUCCUUUCAAGGUUGUCAACAAGGAUGGAAAGCCCAACGUCAAGGUUGAUGUCAACCAGACUCCCAAGACGCUCAGUCCCGAGGAGGUUUCUGCCAUGGUUCUUGGCAAGAUGAAGGAAAUCGCCGAGGGCUACCUUGGAAAGAAGGUUACCCACGCUGUCGUCACUGUCCCGGCCUACUUCAACGACGCCCAGAGACAAGCUACCAAGGAUGCUGGCACUAUUGCCGGUCUUAACGUCCUCCGUGUUGUCAACGAACCCACCGCCGCUGCGAUUGCCUAUGGUUUGGACAAGGGCAGCGAGGAGCGCCAGGUCAUCGUCUAUGAUCUUGGUGGUGGUACCUUUGAUGUCAGUCUUCUUUCGAUCGAUGACGGUGUUUUCGAGGUUCUGGCCACGGCUGGAGACGUCCAUCUUGGAGGUGAGGACUUCGACCACCGGGUCAUGGACCACUUCGUCAAGCAGUACAACAAGAAGAACAACGUCGAUGUCACCAAGGACCUAAAAGCCAUGGGUAAGCUCAAGCGUGAAGUCGAGAAGGCCAAGCGUACUCUGUCUUCCCAGAUGUCCACCCGCAUUGAGAUUGAGGCGUUCCACAAUGGUCAGGACUUCUCCGAGACUUUGACCCGCGCCAAGUUUGAGGAGCUGAACAUGGACCUGUUCAAGAAGACCCUGAAGCCCGUUGAGCAGGUGCUCAAGGAUGCCAAGGUGUCCAAGGCUGAUAUUGACGACAUUGUCCUUGUUGGUGGUUCCACUCGUAUUCCUAAGGUUCAGGCUAUGCUGGAGGAGUUCUUCGACGGCAAGAAGGCUAGCAAGGGUAUCAACCCCGAUGAGGCUGUCGCUUUCGGUGCCGCCGUUCAGGGUGGUGUUCUGUCUGGUGUUGAGGGUACCGAAAGCAUUGUUCUCAUGGACGUCAACCCUCUUACUCUCGGUAUUGAGACUACCGGUGGUGUUAUGACCAAGCUCAUCCCCCGCAACACUGUCAUUCCUACUCGCAAGUCGCAGAUCUUCUCGACUGCCGCUGACAACCAGCCUACUGUUCUCAUCCAAGUUUACGAAGGAGAGCGUACUCUUACCAAAGCUAACAACCUCCUUGGCAAGUUCGAACUUACCGGCAUUCCUCCCGCUCCUCGCGGUGUUCCUCAAAUUGAGGUUUCCUUCGACUUGGACGCCAACGGUAUCCUGAAGGUCGGCGCUAGCGACAAGGGCACUGGCAAGGCCGAAUCUAUCACCAUCACCAACGACAAGGGUCGUCUUACCCAGGAAGAGAUUGACCGCAUGGUUGCCGAGGCCGAGGAGUUCGCUGAGGAAGACCGUGCUAUCAAGGCCAAGAUUGAGGCCCGUAACAGCCUGGAGAACUAUGCCUUCAGCCUCAAGAACCAAGUUAACGAUGAGAACGGCCUUGGUGGCCAGAUUGAUGAGGACGACAAGCAGACCAUUCUGGAUGCUGUCAAGGAAGUGAACGACUGGCUUGAGGAGAACGGUGCCUCGGCCACUACUGAGGACUUUGAGGAGCAGAAGGAACAGCUGUCAAACGUGGCGUACCCUAUCACCAGCAAGCUGUACGGCUCUGCUCCUCCUACCGAGGAGGACGAUGACGAGUAUGGCCAUGAUGAAUUGUAAAAUAACUUAGAGGGAUUCUGGAGUUUGUUUUCUGUUAAGAUGUUCUUUUUUUUCCGUUCCCCGCUCGGCCUUUAUGACCAGCAGCCUAUUCUUGGUUUAAGAUAGGACACAUGAUACCUAAAUACAUGAUUACACUUCAUUUU